AUGGCGCAAGUCAAGUACAUUAAGAACCAGGCUGGCACGGCCAAGACCAACAAAGCGAACACGGCCAAGAAGGUCGUCCAGCCAGAGACUGCCACCAAAAAGCGAAAGACCAAGGAAGAAACCGACGCGACGGAGGAGCCAACCACAAAGAAGCGCGCAACCAAGGCCAAAGCUGCCGAAGGUGCUCUGCCAAAGAAAGCGUCAACAAAGACUGCUGCCAAAGAGACCACUGCCAAAGCGCCGGCGAAGAAGGCCGCGCCCAAAGCGACUUCAAAAACCACGACGGAAACAUCAACCAAGACCACCAAGGUCGCUGCGAAACCUGUCACCAAGGCCGCCGCUAAGCCUGCCGCAGCGAAGAAGGCAGCACCAAAAAAGGCAGCGACCAAGGACGCGGCGAAGAGCGAGGCACCGGAGGAGAAAGCCGAGGCCAAGCCUGCCGCUUCACGCAAACGCAAAGCGACCGAGGAAGUCAGCGCUCCUCCUGCUAAGAAGGUCAAGGCGCUCGUCAAGGGCCCUGUCAUUGGGCAAGCGCCGACUCAACGCCUGCACAUCUACGUUUUCGGCGAGGGAUCUGCGGGUGAGCUGGGACUCGGGACUGCGAAGAACGCCAUUGACGUAAAGCGUCCUCGUCUCAACGCCAACCUCAGCGCCGACAAGGUCGGUAUCGUCCAGAUUGCAGCUGGAGGCAUGCACUGCAUCGCGUUGACCCACGACAACAAAAUUCUCACAUGGGGUGUCAACGACCAGGGCACUUUGGGAAGAAAUACGGAUUGGGAUGGCGGCGUCCGAGACAUCGAUGCCGCUGAAGAGGAUAGCGAUGAUGAUGACGAUGACAGCGGUCUGAACCCACACGAGAGCACUCCGGCUGAGGUUGAUUGGUCAUCGACUGAAGUGGCGCCGGACACCAAGUUCGUCAAGGUCGCGGCAGGUGACUCCACGUCAUUCGCCCUUACCGACGAUGGUCGUGUCUACGGCUGGGGUUGCUUCCGCAGCAACGACGGUAUUUUCGGACUCACUCCCGACGUCAAGGUCGCCACGCGCCCUGUACUCAUCAGUGACCUCAAGAACGUUUUGGACAUCAAGGCCGGCGCCAACCACGCACUGGCACUGGACAGCAAGGGAGCUGUCUACGCCUGGGGAUCGGGUCAGCAGAACCAGCUUGGUCGUCGUAUUGUGGAGCGCACCAAGACCGAAGGUCUGAGACCUCGUGAAUUCGGCCUACCCAAGAGCGCCACUAAGCGCAUUGUUUCAAUUGAGACGGGUUCCUACCACAGCUUCGCCAUCUCCAAGAACGGCGACACAUACGCCUGGGGUCUCAACAACUUCGGCCAGACCGGCAUCACCGACGACGCCGGCCAGGACGAAGCCGCCAUCAUGCGCCCCCAGAUCAUCGAGGCCUUUCAGGGUCAGAAAGUCAUCAGCAUCAAGGGCGGCGAGAAGCACAGUCUCGCCGCGACCGAGGACGGCUCCUGCUUCGUUUGGGGCCGCAUGGACGGCCACCAGAUGGGUAUCGCCGACGCCGACCUCGCCAAGCUGCCCGAAGACAUCCUGAUCAAGGACGCAGACGGCAAGGGCCGCAUCAUCGCCAUCCCGCAGAAAGUGGUCGCCAUCGACGGCGCCGUCGUCCACGUCGCUUCCAACUCCGAUCACUGCCUCGCGGUGACCAAGGAGGGCAAGGCCUGGUCUUGGGGUUUCUCGACCAAUUACCAGACCGGUCAGGGUCAGGAUGAGGAUGUCGUCGUCGCUACUUUGAUCGAUAACACUGCUGUUCGUGAGAAGAAGCUCAACGGCGCGACCACUGGCGGUCAAUUCAGCGUCCUCACUGCGCCCGCUGAUGCGUAG